CCCACCUCCUUUCCCCAUCUUUACAGGAUCUUUUUGCUACCUCAAGCCGCCCUCUUCUUUCAGUAGUCAGGCACAACCUCCUAAAUUCCUCUUUCUCUCUCCCUCCCUCUCUCUCUCUCUCUCCGAAAAAGUAAGAAACCAAUCAACCCAACCAGCUUCUUCUACCUUUACCAGAUCCCUUCCUUCUCAAAGCUCGCACGCUUUCUGCUAUUCCCAAACUUUCUUCAAAAUUCAAACUUUCACAGAUGUCCAUGGACUCUGCCACGAGCGAAAGCUUCCAGUCCUCCAACGGCGGCGGCGGCGACUUCGACGACUUCGAUUCCCGGCAACCGCCCGACACAAUCUCUUCCUUUCUCAACCUCCCACCUCCUCAGCCACCUCCGAUCCCCCAAACAUCUCGUAACAUAUUCGACCCCUUCCCCUCCUACCAAACAAAUUCUUUCCUUUCCGACCUCGACGCCACCACCUGGCCUCCUCCGCCGCAGCAGCCGCCUCAGCUGCCUUCUUCCGCACCCAAUUCCACGGCCAACGCCGCCUCAUCUUCCGUAGCGGCUCCUCGAGCCUCUAAAAAACGCGCGCGCGCCUCCCGCCGUGCUCCGACCACCGUUCUAACCACCGAUACCUCUAACUUCCGCGCCAUGGUUCAGGAGUUCACGGGCAUCCCAGCACCGCCUUUCACAACCUCAUCCGUAUUCUCCCGUCCUCGCCUCGACCUCUUUCACCACUCCGCUUCCUCGUCGACUCCAGCUUUCCUUCUCCGACCCUUUGCGCAGAAACGGCAGGCGACAGGGGCUUCGGGUUCCCUAACCGGCAUUUCGUCAAACACCUUGCCUUCAACCAGCGGUGUUCAAAACCAAAACUUCUUGUUGAACAAUACUCAAAAUCCCUCCUUCAACCUGCAAUCCUUGCUUCAAGAACAGCAGCGAGCGACGGGUCUGUUUCACUGGCCAGCGGGCGCCGGCUACGCCGGUGGAGAGCUGGGGAGUGUUAUCGCCGGCGCAUCUGCUGAAUCUGAUUCGAAGAGGAUUGGAAGCUGCAAGACGGAUCAAACGGGUUCUUCUCAUUCAGAGAAGCAGGUGGCAGCUGACGGGUUCCCAGCGGCGCCAGCAGCAGCCGCGGCAGCUAGGGGAGAAGGUGGAAUGGAUGCCUGGCAGCUCUCUUCUGAUUAGUUUAAACAAUUUGGCAAGGAUAAAAAGAAGCUGAUCUGUGCUUCUUCCUUUGCUCGAUCAUUUGCUUGAAUUAAGUGCUUUGGUAGUAUAUAAUCAGAAGGUACAUCACUGUCUUUAUAAAUUUACUUCUUUAUAAGCAUUUGAGUGUAUAUAAUUGUAGCUAGCUAGUAUUAUUUGUGCAUUUGCUGACGAGUUAUAAUACGCUUAAGAGCAAGGUUUAUAUCAGAAUUUUGUUUGCUUGCUAACU